UCAUUAUGACAGACCCUCAAAGAUCCCAGUUAGAUCAAUCUACCAAAUAUCAUUAUUCGCCAGUUAAAAUCAAUGUCAAGUCCUUCAAAACAUCCAUAAUUUCCUCCCUAACAAGGGAUCUGGUAUGUUUUUAGAACAGUAUGUCCUCCACAACCCCAUAUUAGAUUAUGGAGCAAGUUAUCCCACAAUGUUUGAGGACCAUCCAUGUUAUAAUCCACCAAUUGAACCAACUCCAUGUUCACACAUGGAGAGGUGGACAAAUGGAGGAAUAAGUAGUAGGAGAGCUUUAAACUCGAGACUUCUAGUUAAACAUAACUCUGAUAAUAUGUUAAACUAUCAAUUUUCUUUAGAAGCUUGGACUGUUAGGAUAUAGGGCAACAAUCAGUAUAGUGCUUUUGCCAUCUCUUAAAAGAGAACAUUUAUGGGCAUUUUUGUCAUUUUUCAGUUCUUUCAAUUAGGACCUCACAUUCACCAUUUCCCCAGGAUAGAUGGCAUUAUGCUAUAAAGGAUGAGGAAAAUAGCCAAUUACCCUCCAAUUCUAAGCCCCCCAACACCCCAGAUUGAUCUAUAACAAGGUCAAACAACUACCUUCUCUCCACCAUUUGAUAGGCCAUCCCCAGCUCUUGUAGCCACCAAAACUCUCCCGGAAAAGCAAUGGACUUCUCACCAUUUCAGCCUUCUUCCUGGCAUUUCCUCUUCACCUCUCCUCUUCUUGUUUCCUACCACUUCACCCCAGAUAACUACGUUCAUUGGACCGAAACACCCGAGUCUCACAUAUACUCGGCCAACCUUCCUGGUGUGAGGAAAGAGGAGAUAAGAGUGGAGCUUGAGGACUCAAGAUACCUCAUAAUCCGGACAGAGGCCAUUGAUGAAUCAACAAAGCCUGCAAAGAGCUUCAUGAGGAAAUUCCGGCUUCCAGAUAUGAUAGAUGUCGAUGGCAUCUCAGCUGGGUAUGAGGAUGGAGUCUUGACAGUUACAGUGCCAAGAUCUUUUGUGAGGAGGGGAUUCUAUAUUGAUCCUGGAGACUUACCAGAACAGCUAGACCUUCUUGCAAGGGCAGCAUGAAUUCAUAACCACCUGGAUAGUUAGUUCUCUAGUUUCUAAAAAUUUGGUUAUUACAAAUACUAGGCAUUGGGGGUGUGCUAGAUUUGGAGAUUGCUUUAUGAAUUCUCAUGUAUAUAAAAAUUUAUGAAAACUGGCAAUGAAGUAUCAGAUUGUACCGGUUUUUGCUCCAUUAAUCUUUGGUUUCUGGUCUAA